ACAUUCCGCAGUUUCAAAAGCAGGUAACUUUUCUAUCUAAUCAGAAUCCCUCUACCUCUGGUUUAACUCCAGCUACUCCCUUCUCUCAAAUCUGAAUUACUCAAACCUUCAUAUUUUUCUGUAUCUUCCUGUAGUUGGUUUUAGCUUCCAUGGAGACCCCAAUUCUUUUUACCCCAACACUUCCCACAUUCUUCACCAUGUUCUUGCUCAUCUAUCUCUUGGCAAGAUUCAUGCUUUUCCGAAACUGGGGUCCCAAACAUAGGCCGGAAGCUUCGAGCUGCGUAAUCUCUCUGGCUCAUAGCACUCCUGUAGUUUUCAUGGCGAUCCAUGCACUAAUUCACAGCCAGGGAACUUCCAUUUUCGCCUCCAUGAACACAGCUUUCGAAGACACUGUUCUUGAAUACAGCAUCGCUUAUUUCUUGGUUGACCUUCUUCACUACUUGAUCUUCUACCCUACUCAAGUCCUCUUCAUUCUUCACCACCUCGCCACACUCUACGUGUUUACGACUUGCCGCUAUGUGGUUCAUCAUGGGGCUGAUGCCAUCAUUGUGCUUCUCUUCCUCGCCGAGAUCACCAGCGGUUGCCAGAACGUUUGGACGCUCGCGAGUUUUCAAAGAGCUAAUUCGGCCUCUGCUGCGAAACUGUAUGACUUCUUGUCCCCUCGGUUUUAUGCUUUUUACAGUGUUUUUAGAGGGGUUCUGGGGCCUCUGUUUAUGUUUAAGAUGGGAUUGUUCUAUGUGAGUGGGGCGGCCGGAGACGAAGUUCCGACAUGGGCGUGGGCGUCUUGGAUGGUUGUGAUUGUUACAGCUAUCUGUGUUAGCAUAUUGUGGGUGUUGGAUCAUUGGAAAGAUUGGUACAGAGAUAGAGUUGAGAAGAAAGAGAAGUAGCGUAGCAUCUGGGGUUUUUUUCGCUUUUGUUCAUAUCGAAAUAGAUGAGAUCAUGUAUUGUUUGCAAUGUAGAUUUAGAUUAUGGUCUUUCUGGAGAAGGUUCCGAAUUGACCAAUUCAGGGUCUCACAUAAACUAUGUAUACAUGAAUUUGAUCACAGUGAAUCUGGUUUAUCGAUACAAGUCAUUGCAUA